AUGACACUGACCGUUCUCACAGACGACCAGGUCAAGGACGUCCUCGAGGGCCUUACCAUCCAAGAGCUUGAUGAUUUCCGACAUGUCUUGUCAUCCGCCCUCCACGAGUUCUCCACCAACACCGACACUGGACAUGUCGACGUCUACCAACAGCCCCACAGAAUCACAACCCUUCACUCCGGGACCAAGGCCACGACGUUGUAUAUGCCAUCCUGCGGACCGGAGGGUAUGGGAUGCAAGGUUGUCUCAUUGACUUCCUCCGCCGCCACCCAGGAUCCCACAGUAAAGCCCGUCAGCCCUACCGGAGUCGUCAACCUGUUCCGUCCCGACGGGACCCCCCUGGGCCUUGUCCACGCCAGCACUCUGACGGCCUUCCGCACAGCUCUCGCGUCGGCAUGUCUCCUCAGCCGUCGCAACCACGUCAAGACCCUCACCGUCUUUGGCAGCGGCGGUCAGGCCUACUGGCACGUCCGCCUGGCGCUCCUCAUGCGUGGAAGCACCAUCAAGCAUGUACAGAUCAUCAAUCGGAGAUUCUCCGACAGCGCGGGCCAGAUCCUCAAGAAGUUCACCAUCAUCCCCUUGGACAUCAAGGAGCGAGAAGGAUGGGCACACACCAAGUUCAGUAUCCUGACACCAACCUUUCAUGAUUUCGAACGGCUUCAGAAGGAGCAGAUCCGCAGCGCAGACGUCAUCUACUGCUGUACCCCGUCCCAGCACGAACUGUUUGAUGCAUCCAUCCUGACCUCGCACGAGGGUCGCAAGAAGGGCCGACUGAUCGUGGCUGUUGGAAGCUACACCCCUGCCAUGAGGGAGCUUCCCGAGGGCCUAUUGCAUCUCGUGACAAAGCCCCAUGAGAAAAACCACCGUCACUUCCACAAGCACGCAGAUGAGGGCGGCGUCAUUGUGGUAGACACUCUCGAAGGCGUGUUGAAGGAAGCCGGCGAGAUCAUUGCUGCCAAAAUCAGCCCCCAUCAGAUGGUCGAACUCGGCGAACUCGUCAUGCUGCACCGUCUGGCCUUUGAGGAAUCAGAGACAGAUACCACUGGUAGCCAGACGCCGGCGUCUUCCGAAUAUGAGGUCCCCCUAGAUGGUGACGACAAAAACCCGUCCAUGUCAUCGGUCUACGGCGACCCUGCACCACGGCCCGCCAGCCCAUCCAGUUCCAGCCUGUCUAACCAUUCGCGCAAGUCAAGUUUCCAACUCCCUUUCCGAACCCGCUCCGGGGGCUCGUCCGAGACGGAGAAGAAAAAGGAGGACAGCCUUGCUCGUUGGCUGAGAGACGGAACCGUGGUCUACAAGAGCGUGGGCUUGGGGCUGAUGGAUCUGGUAGUUGGCAUGCAUUUGGUCAAGGUGGCUAACGAGAAGCGCAUCGGCACGCAAAUCGGGGGAUUUUAG